GUGUCAUUUUCCUUUUUUUUUUUUUUGUAUGUCCUACAUGUGUGUGUUUUUAAAAUGCAUCUAUCAGAUAUAGUGAAUGCAGAGUACAUGGAGACCAGAUAUAGAGAAUGCAGGGUCCUGGGAGAUCAGAUAUAGUGAAUGCAGGGUUCUGGGAGACCAGAUAUGGUGAAUGCAGGGCCCUGGGAGAUCAGAUAUAGUGAAUGCAGGGUUCUGGGAGACCAGAUAUAGUGAAUGCAGGCUCUGUGGAGACCAGAUAUAGUGAAUGCAGGGUCCGGGGAGACCAGAUAUAGUGAAUGCAGGGUCCUGGGAGAUCAGAUAUAUAGUGAAUGCAGGGUC